GUUACCGGUUGAAAGGGUUAAAAGUAUCCUUUUAAACGGUACUCGAGGUUUACCCUUUGCAAAAGGGUACAUUUUAUCCUUUCAAAAGGGUUAAAACUAUCCUUUCGAUUCUCCUCACUGGCGUUACCCUUUCAAAAGGGUAACUCUCUUUGCAACAAGUACCACUAGCGCCGCCCUGGUUUCUAAAUUCGGUACUUAAAUCUGUUUGACGUUUUGGAUCGUGCUCGUGCGUGGUGCGUGUUUUUUAAGUUUUCCAAGUUUUUCUUAAACUUUUAGAGUUGUUCCUGAAGAUUAUGGCCACUCCGGUGGACCAUGUGCUGCACGAUCGAGAGGUCAACUAGUUUCCCGGUACCGAGUCGUUUUGCAUCUCGCUGGAAUCUUCGUAUUCGAUCCAACAGAUGAUCUUAUCUGAUGAUGAGUUGCGUUGCACGCAAGGUUGCACCCGGUUGUCACGGCUUUAUAGAAGACGCAUCUUGGAGAAAUACGCGAAAAUCGAGGUGAUCUUCAAAGCCAACGGAACGUCCAGAGUUCGACUCGGUUUGCAACCACGACGUCUAACGGUCGAGUGCAAAAAACUUCCGUUGAUUGGCGCUGCUGGAGGUAGCGAAACGGGACCUGCAGAACCAGGGGCAGAACCCGAACCGGAAACGAGCGCAGAAUCAGAGCCACCGACCGCCACCGGAGCCCGCUACGGAACUAGAACCGGAAAGCACCUGCUUCGGAACCAUCGGCCGAACCAGGACCGCAUCCAAGGCCCGAGGUGUCCUCCAAACCGGAACCGGAAAGUACUUCCGAGCCGGGAUCAUCCUCAGAAAGUACCUCGGAACCAGAAGGCAGAAAAUGGAACUCAAGUCCAAGAAGAUAAAGCGUGCCACCGGAGACUCCCGUCCACCAGCGAGCGAGAACCCGAGCCAACAUUCGAGCUGGAGCCCAAAUCGAAACCCAAAACAAUGCCGUCCUCUGUGUCGGAACCCAUGGCCGAAAUCACGGCCAAACCCAAACCAAAAACCACCAACACACGUGGACGUGGACUCCGCGGCACGACUUCAACGUGAUGGACUGCACAGACAUCGUGAUCGGAACAGCCCGCGAGGAAACUUACCGCGUGUGUGACUACUACACCCGUGAUCGGUCCACACCGCGAGGACUUUCUGGAGGACAAGUCGGAUCUGACCGCCACCGGAGGGUUCGAGGUGGACGGCACCACGGCGAUCGUGUUAGUCGCAAGCUGGCGGCGAUUUGAUGCACGUGAUUUGGGCCAAGGGACAGGAACCAUCCAAGUUCACAUAUGGCGAAGUUCAAAGCGUUUGCCGCUCGAUGAAAAUACAAUUUGAAAGUAGUAUCUAAUAUUACUGUUGAC